GCCUCCGGCCCGCCAUCGCUCGCCUCUCCAAAGCCCCCCUCUCGCCCCCUCGCAAGGGGGACCAGCCUGCUGGCCUGCCUGCUCCUCUUGCCCUCGGAUGGAGGGCUGCGAGGAGCUGGAGAGCAGCCUCCUGACACAGCCCUGGGCUUCUGUUUGCUUUGGCGAGUCCCCUUUUCUUGCCAAAGCUUGCUUCGGGGAUACUGGCUACAUCCUGCUGAUCUCCGACCUCAGCAGCGUCUGGUACGAGAGUGCAGACGUCCAGGUCGUGGAGCAAAGGUCCAAGGAGCUGAACAAGCGGCUGACGGUGCACGUGUCCUCCUUCCUGCACCGCUUGCGCAACCUGAUGUCCCCCUUGCUGGAGGGGCAGCCGGGCACUGCCACCUCCUUCUCCUGCCACCACGUUGCCGGUGGCCUCAGCCUGCACGUGAAGAGCGAGCUCUCAGGACUGCCCUUCUACUGGGACUUCCACUGCUGCCCCGCUCCCAUGCAGAUGGUGUCCCGUCACCUCGUGCGGCCCCUGAUCCGGAUGAGCCUGGCGCUGCAGUACCAGGUGCAAGAGCUGACCUCCUUGCUGCUCCAGAAGGAUGCUGAGAUCGAAGACUACAGGGAGAGCGAGGCUGCUCUCAGCAGAGGCCGCCUGCGGACGGAGCCCUUCCAGGAGAAGAUGUUUCAGCAGAACUUCAUGGCGGAGAACCUGCCCCGGAUCUGCGGUGCGGGAGAGGGGCAGGCGUUCACCUCUGCUCUGCAGCAGCUCUACACGGCGGUGACACAGCAGGAGGCCAAGCAGGCUCGGAAACGACAGCACUCGGCAGAGGACACCGAGGAUCCAGCGCCUGCUGCAGAACCAGCAGGACACCCCCAUCCACCACCUCCAUCCCAGGAGGAUGAAACAGUGUCUUCCAGUGAGAACACCACGCCGGCCUCUUCCCCAACCCAGAAACUCCGGCUGCCCGUGGCCAAGGCCAAGCCGAAGAAGGCAAAGGGGCUCUUCAGCUAAAAGGUCACUGCUGCCCACCCUGAGGGUCUCCACUCCCCUCAGCAUCUAAGAGAGACAGUGCAGAGCAUCCAUGCAUUCUCUGCCUCCCUGUCUGCAUCUCCUGGCGGACCCUGGUCUGGGACAUGGUGCCCUCCCAAGGUGCCUCCAGCUGGGAUGAUGGGGCAUCUCUCUUCAACAGUGUCUCAGGAACCUCUUUUCUGCCUCUUCCCUGGUGUAGAACUUGCCUGUGCUGCCCCAUGAUGGAGCCAGUGCUGGACCUGGGGGGAGUGGGAGGGAUGCUGUUGGGUGGGUGUGGGACAGCAGGGACUCCAGCA